CACGGAACUGCAUGCAAGUAAUGUCAUAUGACUUGUUCGGAACGAGAAAUAAAAUGUUGCUAAUCCGUGGAUAAAAGUGGACCUAAACAGUGAAUGAAAUCCAAAGCAAACACGGUAAUAUUGACCCUCUGUAUUUUACAUAUUCUUGUUUUUAUCAUUAAUCAUCGGUUUGCAGGUAAUAACUUUGUGAGAGAAAAACCGUAUGGUCGUUAGCUAACGUUACAUCGUAAGUAUUCGUCACGAGUGGUGACUAGCUAGGAUGGCUAACGUUAGCUAGUCAGACAGAGACAUGCGAUAAACUAUUAGCCGAUUUAAAUCAAACGGUUCUCAUCAAAUCUCCCCGGCCAGUAGAUAAUAUCGUCAAUAGGAGCUAAAGGCAGUUAGCGUCUAUGAAUGAGGCAGUGAGAAUGUUGAUGUGUCAGCUAGUUUACUGUUAAACAAACACACGCUGAAGGAUGGCUAAUCAGUUUCAGAAUAAUAUUACUUCCUUCCUUUUACAGGAGGAUCCUAAUACCAGCCUACUAGCUACAUACUAGCCUUCUUCUUGUUUCCACAGAAAUGGAGGAGAUAAGAAUAUCUCCUGAUUACAACUGGUUCAGAAGCACAGUGCCACUGAAGAAAGUAAGCAAAAACACCAUAUCGCAUUCCACAAUAGCCUAGCUAGCUUUAUCACUACAGUUGAUUCAGUUGCUGGCCAUCGUCAUAGCCAGUAUGAACGUAAAACAGUCAUAUUUAAUUUUACAGUUAUACUAUAUAUCUUCCGUUUGUUGACAUUGACGAUUCCAACACCAGUCUUCUUAAAUAUCCCUUUCAUUCACGUGAUCCCAUCUAGAAACACAGUUCAUUGUUAUAGAAUUUGCUCUAAUAUUACGUGUAUGGAAUGUUGUGCAUUUAUGGGUAGUACAUUCAUGUUUCACCUCUCUGUAUCGUUUCUCUAGAUUAUAGUGGACGACGAUGACAGCAAGGUGUGGUCCUUGUAUGAUGCAGGCCCAAAGAACAUCAGGUGUCCCAUCAUAUUCUUUCCCCCUGUGAGUGGGACAGCGGAGGUGUUCUUCCAGCAGGUCUUAGCCCUGACAGGCUGGGGGUACAGAGUCAUCUCAGUGAGUCACUGUGAAAGAACACCUUUAUGGCUUGUAGUAUCUUCAAUUCAUUAAGAUAUUCAUCAUCCACAGUCAAAUGACCAAGGUAUUUAUUUUGGAAUAUUAGAUACACUAGACUGGGUCCACUCUACAGGUUAUUUUAUGCUUAUUUAUUCAGUGUAGCGGCAACCAGUGUAAAGUAAACAUUUUGUCUGUUAGGCCAUUGUCAGUUUUUGGAAUUGAAAUUAAAAUGUACAGUUGAAGUCGGAAGUUUACGUACACCUUAGCCAAAUACAUUUAAACUCAGUUUUUCACAAUUCCUGACAUUUAAUCCUAGUAAAAUUUCCCUGUCUUAGGUCAGUUAGGAUCACCACUUUAUUUUAAGGAUGUGAAAUGUCAGAAUAAUAGUAGAGAGAAUUAUUUAUUUAAGCUUUCAUGUCUUUCAUCACAUUCCCAGUGGGUCAGAAGUUUACAUACACUCAAUUAGUAUUUGGUAGCAUUGCCUUUAAAUUGUUUAACUUGGUUGAAACGUUUCGGGUAGCCUUCCACAAGCUUCCCACACUACAUUUUGUCCCAUUCCUCCUGACAGAGCUGGUGUAACUGAGUCAGGUUUGUAGGCCUCUGUGCUCGCACACGCCUUUUCAGUUCUGCCCACACAUUUUCUAUAGGAUUGAGGUCAGGGCUUUGUGAUGGCCACUCCAAUACCUUGACUUUUUUGUCCUUAAGCCAUUUUGCCACAACUUUGGAAGUAUGCUUGGGGUCAUUGUCCAUUUGGAAGACCCAUUUGCGACCAAGCUUUAACUUCCUGACUGAUGUCUUGAGAUGUUGCUUCAAUAAAUCCACAUAAUUUUCCUUCCUCAUGAUGCCAUCUAUUUUGUGAAGUGCACCAGUCCCUCCUGCAGCAAAGCACCCCCACAGCAUGAUGCUGCCACCCCUGUGCUUCACGGUUGGGAUGGUGUUCUUCGGCUUGCAAGCAACCCCCUUUUUCCUCCAAACAUAACGAUGGUCAUUAUGGCCAAAAAAUUAUAUUUUUGUUUAAUCAGACCAGAGGACAUUUCUCCAAAAAGUACGAUCUUUGUCCCCAUGUGCAGUUGCAAACCAUAGUAUGGCUUUUUUAUGGCGGUUUUGGAGCAGUGGCUUCUUUAUAUUACACUUUUGUACCUGUUUCCUCCAGCAUCUUCACAAUGUCCUUUGCUGUUGUUCUGGGAUUGAUUUGCACUUUUCGCACCAAAGUACGUUCAUCUCUAGGAGACAGAACGCGUCUCCUUCCUGAGCGGUAUGACGGCUGUGUGGUCCCAUGGUGUUUAUACUUGCGUACUAUUUGUAUUUGCACAGAUGAACGUGGUACCUUCAGGCGUUUGGAAAUUGCUCCCAAGGAUGAACCAGACUUGUGGAGGUCUACAAUUAUUGGCUGAUUUCUUUAGAUUUUCCCAUGAUGUCAAGCAAAUACGCACUGAGUUUGAAGGUAGGCCUUGAAAUACAUCCACAGGGACACCUCCAAUUGACUCAAAUGAUGUCAAUUAGCCUAUCAGAAGCUUCUAAAGCCAUGACAUCAUUUUCUGAAUUUUCCAAGCAGUUUAAAGAUACAGUCAAUUUAGUGUAUGUAAACUUCUGACCCACUGGAAUUGUGAUACAGUGAAUUAUAAAUGAAAUAAUCUGUCUGUAAACAAUUGUUGGAAAAAUUACUUGUGUCAUGCACAAAGUAGAUGUCCUAACCGACUUGCCAAAACUACAGUUUGUUAACAAGAAAUUUGUGGAGUGGUUGAAAAACUAGUUUUAAUGACUCCAACCUAAGUGUAUGUAAACUUCCAACUUCAACUGUAUUUAAAGAACUUUGGCAAAACUGUAUUGGGACUGUGUGGUGAGAAUUUAGAAUUGAACAGUAAUGGAUGAAAGACCACAUCUAAGGAAUGCUGGUAUUUUGAUCUUUGACCUACACAGUUAAUAGAACUAAUAUAACAGUAAGACGUCAGACCUGAGGAGUGUAAUUAAGUCUUAAUGCUUUUAUAAGCAUCUUUAUGAAGAUGGUAUAUAGUUUUAAUUAGGCUAUAGGUUCUUAAAAAAUGUGUUUUUAGAUUUGUAUUGAACAUAUAGUGAGAGAGAAUGCCAAUGAGGAAAGAUAGAGGUAGGUUGUGUCUAAGGGCUGUAGGCUGGAUUCCAUCCCAUGCCGAUACUAAAGACCUGUGCUGGAGGCUUUACCUCUAGACCAGCCAGGGUACAAUACAAGUCUAUUCUUAUGUAGGAAUGUAAGUCUUCAACUAGGCUAUAUUCCAAGUGAUUUUUGUUUUACCCAGGCACCAUUGAAUGUCAUGACAUUAACAUCACACUGAGUGGCAUUGAAUUGAUUCUGGUUCCUUCUAUGUAGCUGCUAGGUUUAUCUAGUGCUUUUGAAGCUGUUAGAGAUUUGGUUCCGUUUUGUCUUAGGACUGUAUGCAAAAACAAGGCUAGAACACAUCUGAAGAGGAAGAAGUUUACCCAACACAGGAUCAUUUCGAUCUGGAUUAAAUGUUUUUAAAAAACUAGCCCCAGGGGUUCCUAGACUCGAUAUAUUCUACAAGUGAAGGUUUAUGAAAAUGACACUUUGUUUUCUCUCUUAGCUGCAGUAUCCUGUGUACUGGGAUCUCUUGGAGUUCUGUGAUGGAUUCCGGAAGCUUCUCGAUCACUUGCAACUGGAUAAGGUCUGUCAUUCCCACUUUCCCACUUCCCUGCGCUUACAUUGCUUUCUUUCCAUGUCAAACUAAUACAUGUCUCUCUAUGUAGCAAAUGUUCAAUAUUGUCAUGAUCUUUGAGACAUAAGGGACUCUUACAUGCUAAUGACAUGCCUAACAAUGCAUUAAGGCUUUAAGUAAAGUGUUAGACUAUUUCUAUUGUUAUAGGUCCAUCUAUUUGGUGCUUCUCUGGGGGGGUUCCUGGCCCAGAAGUUUGCCGAGCACACACACAAAUCUCCCAGAGUCCACUCUCUGAUCCUGUGCAACUCCUUCAGUGACACCUCCAUCUUCAACCAGACAUUGACAGCCAACAGGUACUGUCCUGGGUUGAAUUCAUUAAGACACACCACCAGGUUGUCCCGCCCUGUUUGUCUGUUUUGUUCCGUUUGGUGCCUAAUGAGUAAGACCCUGUUUUACCAUUACCGUGCUGUGGAGGAAGAACAGGGUCCUGUUCAGUGGACAAACGUUGUGGAGUGGUGCAGAUAGAAAUGUCAUGAAUAGAGCUGACACGAUUCCUUUCUCUACAUGUCAGAAAGGCAUGUUAGUUCUUCAUAAUAUAUUUAUUUCGGAACGCUCCACAAUGUUGUACCCUGCUGAAUGUGACCCAGGUGUUUGUCAAAAUGCAAAACAGCCUUUUUUAUGGUCUGUCAUUACAAAUGUAAAAUGUGUAACGUGUAGGCCUCCGUAGUUCAUGAAAGUUACAUGUUUGCCAGUCUAGCCUUACCAUUUAGCUUUGAGACACAGAAACCCUGUCUAUUCUCUACAUGUAGUUUCCUGUUCUGAGUCAUUUAAACAGGGACGCCAUGUUUCUUCUUGCCUUCCAGUUUUUGGAUGUUGCCCGCCUUCAUGUUGAAGAAGAUUGUCCUGGGGAACUUCGCUAAAGGACCUGUCGACCCCAAGAUGGCCGACGCAAUCGACUUCAUGGUCGACAGAGUAAGUUCCAGACCUCCAUUAAAGGGGCAAUCUGCAAGUUAAUGACAACAAAGGAUACCCCUGCCCCUGUUUUGGUAAACAGCUGAGCGAUGGUCUAGAGAAAUAUAACCACUCUCAAAUUCACAGCAGAGAUGCAUAUUUUGGGUUCUGAUGAGGUAUGACAGUUAGAAAUGCCUCAUGAGCUUAGUUUAAGUUAUAUUCUUCAGGAAUCAAUGGGCGUAAUGUCAUUAAUUAAAAAGUUUAAAAAAUGGAUUUACCGAUCAUAAAUUGCCCCUUUAAAUACAGUACCUCUCCAUCACCCCAACUAGAUGUUUGUACUUCAGAAUCAUAUAUGAGCAGGGUUGUGUUCAUUAAGGCAUGUUAUAAAAAAGCGUUGCAGCAGGAAGCGAAAAUAAGUGUGCCUAAUGAACACAGCCCUGGUCAGCUGAUGACUGGAAUCCUCGGGUGUACAUGUGAGUCAGUAGGGAUAUCUGAUAGCUGGCUGAUUCUGAGAAAACGUAGAGGGAGGAAUUGUGUGUUCACAUGCCAGGUGCAGGAAAAGGGUUAUCUCAUCUAAUUUCUCUCUGAAUUGGCUAACACAGCUGUGUCUGUUGUCUCUCUUUCUCUCUCUCUCUCUCUCUCUCUCUCUCUCUCUCUCUCUCUCUCUCUCUCUCUCUCUCACCACCCCUUUCUCUCUCGCUCUCUCUCACCACCCCUUUCUCUCUCGCUCUCUCCCUCUCUCUCACCAUCCCUCUCUCUCAUCACCCCUCUCUCUCACCACCGCUUCCUCUUUUGCUCUCUCUCUCACCACCUCUUUUGCUCUCUCUGUCUCUCUCUGUCUCUCUCUCUGUCUGUCUCUGUCUCGCUCCCCCUCCUAGCUGGAGAGCCUGAACCAGGGUGAGCUAGCCUCCAGACUAACACUCAACUGUCAGAACUCCUACGUGGAGCCUCACAAGAUAAAGGACCUGGCUGUCACCAUUAUAGAUGUAGGAGGAACUGCUCUUUAUUUUCAUUUCAUUUUCAUUCUUGCAAAUAUUGUUGUUGUUUACUGUACAUCUCACUUUACAUAUCAGUAAGGAUUGGCUGUUUUGUGGGUUGUGGGUGGGUCAUUGGAUCUGUAACCUGGAGAUUGUUCUUUGCUUAUGCAUAUGUAUGUGACUGUGUGUGUGUGUGUGUGUGUGUGUGUGUGUGUGUGUGUAUGUGACUGUGUAUGUGUGUGCCGCACGUUUCAUUUGGUUUAAAGGUGUUCGACCAGAGUGCCUUGUCACACGAGGCGAAAGAGGAAAUGUAUAAGCUGUAUCCAAAUGCCAGACGGGCUCACCUCAAAACUGGUGGAAACUUCCCCUACCUGUGUAGGAGUGCUGAGGUCAACCUAUAUAUACAGGUGAGCACAUUAGUUGGUAGAAGUCGCCCGUAAAGACCUGUCCAGGAUCAGAGUUUUUGUAUGUUCAAUGGUUUGGAUUAGGGGUUGGGUCAUCUGAUUCUAGAACUGUGGUUAGGGCCUUCUUCUACCUUGAGUGAGUACAUCAGGUCUAAAUGCUUAUAGUGAGAUAGUACAACAGAGGACUGAUGGGGUUAGUCUCGUUUCAAGGAUCAUUUCUAUUUCCAGUUAUUUUUAGGUGGACAUUUUUCAUUAGUCAUACUAACUGUACCAUUUAAACCACGAGACUGAAAUUAUAAAUAUGACACUAUUUAAUGUCAGGGGAUAUAUAUUUAAUGUGAUUUUCCCCUUACAUUGUAUUAGGAACAGAAAUUAAUAAGAAAGUGAAGUGAUGUCAGUGCUCAAAACCUAUUUUGUAGCACAGAUGCGGCUGGUUGGGUUAGCUUGUAGAGGAAGCUGUGGUAUUACCUCACCACUCUUGUUCUCCAUGAGCGCUUUAGUACGUUUAUCUUGGAUAUCUCAGGCUCAGCUGAUGAUGAUGGUGUCAAACUGUUCUACUCUCAUACCGUUUGUUGAUCACGAAGCUCUCAUAUGGGCAGCAAUAGGAGACAGUGCAGAGAAGCAGGGGAAAUGUUAUAGUGGAAUUUUGAUAUGCGUAGGCGAGACGUUUUAAUAAUGCAACCUAUGGGUUACGUUAUAAAGUUAGGAAUUUUCAUGCGAGACAGGAGUUGGGUUUCAGUGGGAUUGGGAUGAUUAGGAAAAUAGCCUAUGCUCUAUAUAAGGCUACUACGUGAGUCAAUAGAUCAAUAAUACACUUUAUUUACAAUACAUUAUUGCGUACUAAAUGUUUCCGAUCAGUGAUAAAUGAGCAAAUUAAUGAAUUACCUACCACUUCCACUUGUCCAGCCAAAUAUACAGAUAGAGAUUCAGUGAAGCAAAAUCACAUUGAUUGAUUAUCAGUCACAGGCUUUUGGUGGAGAGUAGGACAGGCUGAAGAGCAAAAUCCAGUUGUAUAACAUGCUAGCAAUAUUUUUCUGAUCAGCUAAUUAUAUGAACAAACUAGAAUAAAGCUGACCAGUAGCGCUAACAUUUCCCCAGCCUAAUUGUUACCAAAUAUCCAAACGGAGAUUCAGUGAAAACAAAUACGACUGAUUGAUUUAUCUAGAUGAGUCCCCCACGCUUGUCUCAAAGCAGCGUGAUGGCGCUGUCCCAAUCAAAACAGUGCUGAAAUGUAUAAUCUAGGUGACCACACACGACUAUUGCUUUAAAUUAGUAUAACAGUUGGAUAUAACUUUGGGAGUUUCAGUAUGAGCAAGAAUGUGUUACAUACAGGCAACUUUAUUCUAGUGUUUUCAUCAUUCAGUAGAUCAUAACUAAGGUGAGUUUUCCUCUCUUUGCGCUUUUUCUAGGCCCAAUGGCUGUUUCCUCGUCUCCUCACUCCGCUGCCGCCCGCCUCCACCGUGUUGUUCUCAACACCAGUUUAAAUCAAUAUAGCCUACUGUUUUGUAGAAAUCAGGCUUUUUUCUUUCUUCGAGUUUGGGCUCAUUUAAUUUCUGUGAUGUCAAACCAGGCCUGGGCUCGGGCUUCAGCUCAACGGGCUUCGGGUCCCGGGAUCCCAGUUACUGGUGUUAAUCCCUAGUGUCAAGUGUUUGUUUGACUAUGUUUAGUGGUGCUUUUCAAGAUUGUUGUCUAUCUGGUGUUUGGGGAUGCAGCCAAAAUUUCAGCUAGUACUUGGUAUUAACUAACUACAGUAGUAACUAUACUUACCUCAAAGAAGUCAGCACAAUUGGUAACUAUCUAUCUCAAGCUUACAUUCUGUACGGAUGGUCGUAUGAGUCUUCCUGCAAGUAACUUCAUAUGGACUAUUUCUGAUAAUGUUCUCUCUGUCUCGAUCCCUCUGCUCAGAUUCACUUGCGGCAGUUCCACGGGACGCGGUACGCCGCCAUCAACUCGGACAUGGUGAGCGCCGAGGAGCUGGAGGUGCAGAAGAGCCACCUGGUGAAUAGCACCGACGACCAAUGACGAGACUACAUUACCCAGUAGCCUCUCCUCUCUCCCAGCUCUGACCAACAGGCCAUAACCAUAGAAUCGGAUUGGCUGAUUCUGUGGGGCAGAACUAUGGGAACUACGUUUCCCUGACCAGCAAAACAGCCGAGAAAAUCUCAACCAUAGAAAUAUAAUGACUAGAUUCUAUUUCUGUAGUUCUAUAAUCUCAAGCACCAUCACCCAGUCGCCACGAUUGGUCACGCACGGAUCUAUGGAACCACUCGUUAAACAAGGUCAUCUCUUCACCUGAUCUCCGAUCUUGUUUUUUUCUACGAUAUUGAAUACAAUCAAUCCACAAGUUGAACUGAUACUAUUUUUACUUUACAGUAAAAAAUAUAUAUAUUUUAAUUAUCACUGUAAAUAGAGCGUAAUUGGCUACAUUGCUUUGAGAGAAGAAACGCCGUACGAUGCCAUGUUAUGAACCUUUUGCCUUAUGUGAUAUAAAUAUCAUGCAUUUAAUUGAUGUUGCACUUUUGAAUUCCAUGUUUUUCCUUCUAUGUUUAUGGUUAACUCUGCCAACUGUGGCGAUACUUGGUAAGCUAGAAAACCCAUGCACUGAUUACAGAUAUACAGCUGAGGAUGUUAGUAGGAAGAAAUUAAAUGAUGUAUAAUGUUAUAUAUUUCAUUUGUAAUUUAAUAAAGCCUUCUUGAAAACAUGCCCUGCCAUGUGCUGUUUUAGUGUUAUUUCAAC